AUGGCAUCUCCAGUGACCAACAAGAAAACACUGCUCGGUCUCCCCAACGAAAUCAUCACCCAGAUCAUCGAUUGCCUGGAUAGCGAUCCCUGGCCGCACAAUCGCCGUCAUGUCCGAACAUUCCGGGUGACGUGCAAAAGGAUUCAGGAAUUGUCUGAGAGGGCCUUCUGGCGCUUUCUCCACGUGGCAGAUGACCUUCAAGAGGAUCGACUCCAAUCCAUGUUGAAAGAGCGCCCAGAGAGAUUCAACCUGGUAAAAACCUUCGUGGUCUACCCGCAAACAUAUUCGCUCACUGGACGGCUGCAGCUGGAUGCCCCAAGCGCCAGUCCGCCUUUCUUUGCACGUGUCGUUCGUGCCAUACCCAAAUUUCAUCAACUCAGGACGUUGCAUAUUCACUCAAAUUUCCAGUACAACAAGCAUCUCUUCGCUGCGCUGAACAUCGCUCUCGGACGCGCUGAUCUUGCGGAGUUACGGGAGUGCACUCUCUACAGUGAUACAUGGCAACCGGUUUGGAUCAACCCUUUACUUUGUGCACCCAACCUGACAACGCUAAAAGUGAUGCACCCCUUCCUCGAUGACACCGACGACCCACUGCCGCCGGCCCAUUCCACGCGAUUGAAGCACCUUACAAUGUUCUACGACGGCUCGUUAAACCCAGACGUAAUCUCGACAAUCCUCAGCUUGCCGGCAUCCCUAGAGACUUUGGAGCUCCAGUCGUCUCAUGGCUAUGAUUUAACGCGAGAUCUCGAGUACCGCUGCGUGAACAAUUUGAUGGCAGCUAUUGGGCGUCAUCAACGGCACCUCAAGAGACUCAAACUCUAUAUCGCUGAAAUAGGCGUGUAUUCAGACGGUAGCUCCAGCCAGCUCAUUGACUAUACGCCCAUGCGGGGCUUGAAAGAACUCACCUUCGUUGGUCAUUGGAAUGUCGCGGCGGCACCCAUCAAUUGCUUCGUCAAUUUACCCAGUGGACUCCAAACCCUUGAUUUCCAUGGGCUUCUCGACUUGUCGGAAGUGGUGCAGGGCCUCAUCAACGUGUCUUCGCAUGCAAUUGUCAGAUGCCCACCGUGCGUGAAGAUUGAUGACGAUUAUCGCGCGAGGUCGACAAUAUCUGGUCGUGCGGAGAUGGAAUUCGCUAGGCCAUUCACACGGAAUGCGGCCCGGGUCUAUGAAAAUCACUUGCGUGGCGUGGGUAUGUUUCUCACCAAUGUGCCAGGAGUCCACGAGCUGCAGCUCACACUCAGAGGUCGCACUACCGAGAUACGACUCCGGGCGACCAAAUACGGCUCGCAAUCCUGUCCGACCCUGCAUGCGAUUGAGCAAGAGUUCCAUCUACGGGAACCCGCCUCCUUCGAUGUGUGGUCUAUGCAGCACAGACCGCAACCCUUCGGGCUUGACUAUGAAGAGCCAAGUCAAGCUGUGCAGCGAGGCUUAACCUCAACGUGGGACUAA